AAUAAAAAUAAAAAAUGCUUCCCCUUCUAUUGUUGAUGCUUUUGUCACAUUCGCGGUGGGUAGCCACCGCGAAUGUAACCAAUGGUUGUAAUUCAAUCGCGAAGAACAUUUUCAUUUUAUCUGGACAAAGCAACAUGUCAGGGCGUGGUGGAGUCUUUAAUCAAACCAGCUCAUCAGGUACGGUUAAUUUGACUUGGGAUGGUAUUGUUCCGCCUGAAUGUCAGCCCAAUCCAUCAGUCCUCCGACUCAACGGAGGACUUACAUGGGUUGAGGCUCACGAGCCCUUGCACAAAGACAUAGAUGUGAAUAAAACUUGUGGGGUUGGGCCGGGUAUGUCAUUUGCUAAUGAACUCAAAAUGGAUGACCCGGAUAUUGGAGUGAUUGGAUUGGUCCCCUGCGCGAUAGGAGGGACAAAUAUUACUCAAUGGGUGCGCGGUGGAUGGCUUUAUAACGAAAUGAUAAGGAGGACUAAGGUCGCGUUACAAGGUGGAGGGACAAUAAGAGGGAUGUUGUGGUACCAAGGGGAGAGUGAUGCAAUNAAAGGGAAAAGGAUCGGCUUACUUUAG